CGACGCUCUAGCGCUAACUGUACUCUUGUGGGCCCCUCCGCCUUCUCCCAGCCAUGGUGGCCUGGCACUCGGCGUUUGUCAUCUGCCUCGCUUUCUCCUUGGCCACUCUGGUCCAGAGAGGAUCCGGGGACUUUGGCGAUGGUUUCAGUCUGGAGGAUCCAGUGAAAGAAACUUCCUCAGUAAAGCAGAGAUGGGACCAUAUCACCACCACAACCAAGAGACCAGGAACAACCAGAGCUCCGGCAAAGCCUGCAGAAAAUGAUUUUGACUUGGCUGACGCCUUGGAUGAUCGACAUGAUCGAGAUGAUGGCCGCAGGAAACCAAGUGCGGGAGGAGGAGGUUUUUCAGACAAGGAUCUUGAAGACGUCUUAGGGGGUGGUGGAUACAAACCUGACAAGGGCAAAGGUGACGGCGCGUAUGGCAGCAAUGACGACUCUGAAUCUGGAAUGUCUGCAGAGACUGGCACCAUCGCCGGAGUGGCCAGUGCUCUGGCCAUGGCCCUCAUUGGCGCUGUCUCCAGCUACAUCUCCUACCAGCAGAAGAAGUUCUGCUUCAGCAUUCAGCAGGGUCUCAAUGCAGACUACAUGAAGGGGGAGAACCUGGAAGCCGUUGUGUGCGAGGAACCCCAAGUGAAAUAUUUCGCGCUGCAAACGCAGUCUGCCGAGCCGCCGCCACCCCAGCCGCCCCAGAUCUGAGGCCUCUGCCCUGCUUGUGACUCAGCUCCUGAUUUCAUUUGGACCCACAGCUGCUGCACUGCUCGUUCCAUGUCGCUGGCUUCUCCUUCUGUUUUCCGGAUGAGCUCUGGGCACGUGCAAGUCUGGUUUCUGUGCCCACCCUGUUGCAGGUGCUCUGAAGACACACGGUGUUGAACUCGGAGGCCUGGCUCCGGCAGAAAGCCCAGCCCCUGGGUCACCGACUCCCCAAAGCCAGCCUGCCUCCAGGCCAUAGUGAGCUGGGGAGGCCAAGAGGACAGUUGUGGUCAGGGGAUAGGAGUUUGAAUCCAGGGCCGUGGAAUCUGCUCCAUGCUACGCUGACGGGCUAUGGCGGGUUUCUUCCAGUAGGCAGCCCCUGGCAGUAACCUCGAAGAGCUAUAACUGGGGGCCCAGCCAGCACCUAGCUCUCUUGGAGCCCCUGCAGGGAGCAAACCAGUGAGCAGCAGGUAACCCCACACAUACACACCCCAGGGGGUGUUUUUAUUUUGGUCCUUCUUUCCAGUUCCAGCAUUUACACUGCUGGACUUGCAGAGAGCUGGUGCAAGUGGAGGCUUUAAUUUGUUUAAGUACAGACGUGCAUGCCAUGAUAGUCCUGCCCUGAGAUUUUAGGAAUCUUCUGGGAAAGUAGGAAGCUGUGGCUCUCAGGCCUCAUUCCCACCUGAUUCCAUAGGGGACUGGGUGCAGUCUCCAGGCUGACAUGGUUAGUUUUUGGGAAUCAGUUAUGCAUUGGAAAUGAAUUUUAUCCUGAGUUGGGGAGGUGCUCACCCUCCACCCUGUUUGUGUUCUUAUUCUGGUAGCAAGAGCUACAGACAUCAGGAAUGAACAUCAAAGCCUGAAGCAUGCCGCUCAUUUGCCUAAAAAUGUAUUUGAGGAGGAGGGAGUGAAGGGAAAGGGGCGUUUGCUUGGAUUCGUGAAAUACACCUGACUCGAUCAGUGCAUAGUGACCCCACCUGGCCUGGCCUGUCCUGAUGAAGGGUACUCGGGGGCCGUGCUCACCCUGGUAAAUGCCAGAACCCAGGGACUGGCCCUUCGCCUGGCCUGACACUGUCUGGUUUGGGCUGGAGCAGAGCUGGGUUCCUGGAAUGUUCCGUUUGGCCUACACGUGGUCCUGUCCCUGAAAGCUCUGCUGUCAAAGGCUGAGCUGGAGUCUAGUGCCACUGUCCACUGAUAGUCAGUUUGCAGUGUCAAAAAGCACUUCUGGAAGCGUAAUAGAAGUCAGCCAGAAGGUACGGUCCUAUUUACACAACUUCACGUGCCUCUUUGCACUGCACGGACAGCCCCACACAUUCCACAGGCUGUGUGUUAGCUCCUUCACGUCCACUGAGCUGGGAUGAGGCAACCCUGACUUAUUGGGAAACAACUGAAAUCUGAACAGACCUUGCAGGUCACAUCAUGCCUGCCUCAUGUGUGCGUUUUAGUGGUUGUUUUAAAAACACACUCAUUGUGGGAUGGUAAUCUGUUGUAGAGUGUCUCUCAAGACUGCCCUUCAGAUCCAUCCCUGGUACAUGCCCGUGGACCCUGAAACGCCCCUUCCCCUGCUUGGCAGUUUGUCCCGGACAGGCUAGGAUUGUGUGUCUGCAAGGGGCGUGCAGAACACUGAGGAAGGAAAGGAAUGAGCGAGGGAGGCACUGCUUGCAAAGUUUGCCUGCUCCCAGCGCCCCCCCCCACCUCAUUGGCCAGAUUGUUGUCAACUUUGCCAGGCUUGUCCCUCCAGAGGACGGCAAAGGCUGCGAGCCCCCCCACUGGCUGGUGCUGGGCUGGAGGUGGCUAUGGAAGCUUUUUGCAUCCAUGGCUUGUUGCCACCUAGAUGGGUGCCCUCAGGGCCGGGGGAGGGCCAGUGUCCUAAGUAACAGGAGUUGGGCAGGGGUCAGGGCAGUGCUCAGCAGCUCAUCACCUCAGGACAGGGGCUCACCAAGGUGCCCAAGGCAUUGUAAAGAAAGAAAAAUGAGGCAGCACUUGUGUGUGAUAAAAUAUUUCUCUCCCUGCCACCAGGAAGUGUGAACAUUUACAAAGAAGUCACAGUCAUGGUGGCUACUGGGAUGAGAGAGGGAUGUGGCCCAUGUGUCCCUUGGCAUGGCACUGGCCCUAGAGCUGUCGGGCUUCUCCACUGGGAGGCCAGGCGCCCGCCCCUUAGCUCUACAGUGAGGCUUGUCUGAUGGUGAAGACCCUGAAGUCCCGUGGCUGCGAUGGAAAGUCAGCCCUGGCUGGGGCUCUGUUGUCUCAGCAGCACUGACCGCAGUGAAGGGAAACCCAUCUUGCUCUUCCUCAGUGCUCUCGGUGCCUUCUGUAGGAAGCCUAGCGCCCAGACCUGCUCCUGGAGACUGGCCAUGCCUGGAAGGGCACUCAGCCACCCAUGGCACAGUUCUCGUACCCCUUCUGCACUGACGCCUGCAGAAGCCUAGGGGGCUCUCUGGUAAGUCUCUCUCUCUGAAAGGUGCAUUGGCCAGCUGAGGCCUGUCAGGUGACAUAACGUGAGUGAAUGAGAAAGGCCAAUUGAAAGUCUCCCGUAUGUGCCAGCUUCACCGGGAGCAGCAGCGGCAGCGGCAGCAGCUCUGUGUUGACAGUAACAACUCUGAGCAUGUGCGGGGUGGAGGCACCACAGCUUGGUGGGGUGGGCGCCCUCCCAGUGGGGGACCCACAGAUCAGUGCCAGGUCCACUGCCUCGGACAGUUGGGUUGGGGGUCGGUACCAGCUCUCUGAAGAAGAAGAAAUGGAGACUGAUCUCAGAAUCCCCUGUACUUUUUGUGUGCUUCUGUGUAAGUGUGAAUUGUGAACUGUCUCGUGUUUGCAUUAAACAAAGUGGAACCUUUGUCAUUGCAUUCUGAUGGCGUUAAGGCA